AUGCGAGACAGAAGUAGAAUCAAUAUCGGAGACGUUUUCAACAGAUGGAGACACCUUCGUGAGUUCAAGGCAUUCAAAACGGACGAAGACUUGGCAAAGUUUCUCUUGGACAGUUACCAAACCGGAUCUCAAGUUUCAACCUCUACACCUUUCAAAAAACAGCUAUUUGCUUUUCCAGCACUGUCUAGUAUCCACGGAGACUUGUCUGAGAGAGAUUUUGCAUUUGAAGAGGGGGUGGAGGUCCUGGGGCAAGGUGAAGUCUCAAUCUCUGUAACUGGACAUUUGCCAUCAAGUGGUAUUCCUGUAGAGAUCAACGAGGAGGAGUACAACAGAAUAGAAAAUUCCAUCCUUGAAUCAGACGAUGACCAAACAUGGUCACCAAGCCAAGAGACUGAAGAUGUUUCGUCUUCAGAAGAAGACUGGACAAUUGAAAUGGAAGAGUCUGAGGACAGCAAUGAUGAAGAAUACAUACCUCCAUAUCGCAUAAGAUUGUGGAGCCCCAGCACCAUACCAGACAGACAUUUCUACCAGAGGAACAGCUAUGGUUGUAAAAUGGAUUUGUCCAAAUGA